AUGUCACUCCCACAAUCACGCGCCUUCAUAACAUCUCUCAUCAAAUCUCUAAACCCAUCACCAUCAGCCACAACCACACCACCAACGACCAACCCCCUCAAACAAGCCUCUCCAGCAGAUCGACCAGUGCUAUUGACCUUACACGUACUGUUUCCGAACGAACUGCUCUCAGCUCUAGAUCUUCUAGAUCGCGACUUGGUAGUUCGAUUAGUUCCACGAUCCGAUUCCCAAGUCUCGCCACCAAUAUCAAAUCCAGAACAAAGCAGAGAGGCAGCUCAAGACACAGAUAUGGAGCAGGACACAUCUACCACUCCACACGACCAAAACAUGGACAUUAGCAAAAAACCGCCAGAUUACAAGGAUGCAGUCUACUACGUCCGCUCAGCACAACAGCAAACCUCGAAUUCACGUUUCAGAGAUCCGGUAGCAUCAACCUCACACUACGAAGUACGGACAUCAAGUUGGAGUUGCUCGUGUCCUGCAUUUGCAUUUUCUGCUUUUCCUGCAAAGCCAUUGAGUCACGAGGGAGAAGAUGAUCAUCAUGUUGUGAUAGCCGGAGAAGAGGAAGAGGAGUGGACGGUUGGUGGAUUGUCGUUGGGUCAGGAUGUGCCAAUGUGUAAGCAUUUGCUUGCUUGUGUGUUGGCGGAGAGGGCAGGCAUGUUUGGAGGGUAUGUCAAGACGAAAGAGGUCAGUGUGGAAGAACUUGCUGGGUGGGCUGCAGGAUGGGGUGACUGA